UAUUAUUAUUCUACGCCAGACUGUUGUAUUGCUUCCUCGACUCAGUGAUAGGAUGUAGCGGUAGGGCUGAUGCGACGGCCUACGAGGAACACGCGACCCCUUUGUACAGUCCUGAUGCUCGUAAUACAACCGACAUAAGCAUUCUAAGUAAUGGCCACUGGAUAAAUAUAGCAGUGGCAAUGGUAAUCACGAGCAGAUCUACCCUGUAGAUUACUCCAUAUUACUGUCUCCUUUUCUACAGAGUUGAUAUAAAACGGGAAUCAAUGUCAAAAGGAGCAACACGUGAUAUCCCGUGAUAUAUAUACAAUGAUUGGGCUCGACCCUGCCCUAACCCCACCCACACAGCUAAGCGAGCCGCACCCCAAUUUCCUCUGCGCUCCGAAGCAGACUCGAAACCUUUCGACAGUCGACGUUCAACCACCACCCAACGACACCGUCCGUCACCUCCUACCAAUCCCUCCCCCGAAACCAGGUGCAUACGGCGUCCAUCAUGUCCGACAACGGGGAAGUCGAGGUCGAAAGCCCGGCCGUUUUCCAGGUCCUGCCCAAGGAUGUUGCCUCGGAGAUUGGCACUGUGAAGCUUUUCAACAAGUGGAGUUAUGAGGAUGUCGAGAUCAGGGAUAUCUCCUUGACCGAUUACAUUCAGAUUCGCUCUCCCGUCUACCUCCCCCAUUCCGCUGGUCGCUAUGCCGCCAAGCGCUUCCGCAAGGCCCAGUGCCCUAUCAUUGAGCGCUUGACCAACUCGCUCAUGAUGAACGGCCGCAACAACGGCAAGAAGCUCAUGGCUGUCCGCAUUGUUGCUCAUGCUUUCGAAAUUAUCCACAUCAUGACCGACCAGAACCCCAUCCAGGUUGCGGUUGACGCUAUUGUGAACUGCGGUCCCCGUGAAGACAGCACUCGUAUCGGUUCCGCUGGUACUGUCCGUCGCCAGGCUGUCGAUGUGUCUCCCCUCCGCCGUGUUAACCAGGCCAUCGCUCUCCUGACCAUCGGUGCCCGUGAAGCCUCUUUCCGCAACAUCAAGAGCAUUGCUGAGUGCCUGGCUGAAGAGCUUAUCAACGCUGCCAAGGGAAGCUCCAACUCUUACGCCAUCAAGAAGAAGGACGAGCUGGAGCGUGUUGCCAAGAGCAACCGGUAAAGGUGUUAUGUUUUGGGCGUACUUCUCCGUUUGUUCCUCUUUUAUGUUCUCGGGGUGGACGGGGGUUCAUCAGGGUUGAGGUUAUUUUGCAUGCAUCAGCGGGACUGUAAAUAUCUGAAACAGUCACCGAGGGAGCGAGGUCCAAAAAGUUGGGCAUAAAAAAGAGAAUCGGAUGGCUUUCUUACAGUAGCUGAGAUGCGAUCAUGAAUACCUUCGAAUUACUAGUGAAAACUAUCCGCGUUCGCUCGAUGAUUAAGACAUGGAUGUCCUCUCCAUCAGGCCAUGCCGAGAUGAUUCAUCCUUAGAUUAAAAAUAAUACUGGGAUUUAGACACUGAUAACAGUAAAAUCCAUGACUUACUAAGGGUGGAGUACAGCCUGCGGUCGAAUCAACCCGCUUAUCGAUAGGAGAGAAAAUUAAAAAAAAUAUUUCCAAG